UCUGAAAAUGCCAAAAUAUUAUCUAAAAUUCGUCGGUGGAGCGCCUGUGCAAUAGAAAAGGGACCUGUUCGCGUUUUCUAUCUCUGCAAAGGGAAUUUGCGAAAAAAAAAAGUUUCGCUGCUGAGUGCUGCCACCUCGUCUUCUUCUUCCUCUCCGGUACGGUAGGGCUGGCCUGGCCGGCUGAGUACAGGAAACAGGCUUUGCUCGCGUCGCGCCGUGGGUUCUGUUCUGCCCCUGCUCGAUUUACCGCGAGGUUAAUUAGCGGCGGAGCCUUGCGUGCCUCCGGAUUGCUGCAUCCGUCGGCGAGUUCCCAACUGAUCGACGAGACUGGGACCUUCAAAGAGCAAUAGGACUCAUGGAGGUUGGAGACGCAAGAAACGGUUCUGCAGCAGCGGCACAGACAAAGGGAAGUGCGGAUGAUGCCGCCCGCAAACCGCUCCCUCCUUGCUGCGUCAAGGCCAAGGCAGGCGUGCCUGAAUCCGAAGCCAAGUGCCAUGAUACUGUGGUCUCAGGGUGGUUCACUGAACCCAGAUCGCGUUUUGGCAAAACAAGCAAAGUGCAGUACUUCAACAACCCGAUGUGGCCUGGAGAGGCUCAUUCACUGAAAGUGGAGAAGAUUUUGUUUCAAGGGAAAUCGCCUUACCAAGAAAUUUUAGUUUUUGAGUCUUCAACCUAUGGAAAUGUUCUUGUGCUUGAUGGUAUAGUUCAGUUGACUGACAAGGAUGAAUGCGCAUACCAGGAAAUGGUUACUCACCUUCCACUGUGCUCAAUUCCAGCACCGAAGAAUGUUUUGGUUGUUGGAGGUGGUGAUGGUGGUGUACUGCGGGAAAUAGCCAGACAUGAUUCAGUGGAUACUAUUGAUAUAUGUGAGAUUGAUCAAUUGGUUAUUGAUGUUUGCAAAGAAUUCUUUCCAAACAUAUCCAUUGGAUAUAAAGAUCCUCGUGUCCGACUUCAUGUUGGUGAUGCUGUUGACUUCCUGAGGAAUUCUCCUGAAGGAAAAUAUGAUGCUAUUAUUGUCGAUUCAUCAGAUCCAAUUGGGCCAGCACAGGCACUCGUGGAGAAACCAUUUAUUCAGACAAUUGCUAGAGCUUUGAAGCCUGGUGGUGUUCUUUGUAAUCUUGCUGAGAGCAUGUGGCUGCACACACAUCUAAUCCAGGAUAUGCUUGCUAUCUGUCGACAGACAUUCAAGGGUGCCGUGCACUAUGCCUGGACAAGUGUUCCAACAUAUCCCAGUGGUGUCAUUGGAUUUUUGCUAUGUGCGAAAGAAGGUCGUGAAGUGAACUUCUUAAGUCCUGUGAAUCCAAUUGAGAAAAUAGGAGCUGGAAAAGCUGGAAGGGAGCUCAGAUUUUACAAUUCAGAGAUUCAUAGGGCUGCUUUUGUUCUGCCAACAUUUGUAAGAAGAGAACUGGAAUCAUAUGCCACUCCUAGUACUUAUGCUGAAAACGAGAAACCGAAAGAAUCAGUGUCAGAACCGCAGAAGAUAAAGAUAUUGUCAAACAAUGCCAUUCUUACAGCUUCCUAGGCCUGAGCCAUGCUCUAUCUUGCUCGGUAUAGUUGUAUUCUCACAGAAUAAAUCAGUCACUGGAUUUUGUUGACACCGCACGAGCAGCUUUGGUAUAGUGACUUGAGUGAUGAUCGAUUGAAUAAGGGGUGGAUAUUGAACUAAUGCAAUGCCUGCCGGAACAAUUAAUAUGUUCCCUAUCUUGUUAGCUAGCCUGCUGUUUGUUGUGCACAAUUUCACCUGUAAGUUAUGACUUGUAUGACCCGUUGAUGUAUAAUAGACCUUGCAAACUGUGAAAAAAUUGUCAACUGAUGUGAAUGAUGUACAAAAAAAAAAGAUGGCCAAUAAUGGAGGUGCUAUCUGCUGUUCACUUUGCCCCUAA